AGAGAGAAACACUUUGCUUGGGUAAUCCAAGGAGAGAGAGAACGAGGGAUGUGGUUUAAGUAUCGAAGAAGGCAGCAAAGCUCAGAGAGUCAGAGAGAGAGAGGGAGCGAGGUGGUCGAAGUAUUGAAGAAAGGCAGCAUUGCCCAUGAGCUUUGAUGAAUAUUCACUCUCUCUUUCAUCGAAUCUCCUCCAAACGAAGACUGGUUAGACUGCCCUUCUGCUUCUCUCUCACUUCAAUAACUCUAUUUCAAUCCAUUGCCUCCUCUAGAGAGAGAGAAACGACGCACAAGGAGGUGAAUGGUGUUGCUUUGAAGCAACUUCUUGCUAGAAUUGAAGGUGACCCGACUGCUGGUAAGAGAGAGUGCAUUGAUAGUAUUGAAAAGCUUUGCAAAUCGGGCAACUUAGCAGAUGCUUUUUACUUAUUCAGAGAGCUCCGAGAUAGACAGUUAUGCCUAAACUUGGACACCUACAACCUUUUUCUAACUUCAGCAGGGGAAUCAAACCAAUGUGAGCUCUCUUCUCAAAUUUUUAAGGAUUUACUAAUUCGGGGUUCUCCAAAUUCUGCCUCUUAUUUUUCUCUAGCAAAGUCUUUCCUAAAUGUGACUGAUACAGAUUUGUUACUUAAGCUCAGCCGAGAGUUAUCAGAAAUAACAUUUCCAAGAAGUGCGCUUGUAAUGAACCGAAUCAUAUAUGCAUUUGCUGAAACAGGGCAGAACAAGAAGGCCCUUUUGAUUUUUGAAGAUAUGAAAAAUGCGAAAUGCAAACCUGAUCAAAUUACUUAUAACACUGUGAUAGCAAUAUUGGGGAAGAUGGGUAAGAUAGAUGGAAUGCUUCAAGAGUUCUCUUCCAUGAAAGAAUCAGGGCAUCUUCCUGAUAUCAUAACCUAUAACACUUUGAUUAAUAGUUUUCGUCAAAUGGGUAGAUUAGACCUGUGCAUAAAUCUCAUGAGGGAAAUGGUCAGGAAUGGGAUUGAACCUGAUCUGAGGUCAUACACUGCAAUGAUUGAUUGUCUAGGUCGUGUGGGGCAAGUUGAUGAAGCACUAGAGCUCUUCAGUGAGAUGACGAACAAGCGGCAAAAGCCCUCUGUGUAUAUAUACCGGUCCUUGAUAAGUAAUCUUAAGAAAGCUGGAAAAUGGGAACUGGCAAAGAGAUUAUCCGAAGAGCACAGAUCAUGUAGUGCCAAUCUCAUUGGCCCAAGUGACUUCAAGAGAAAAAAGAGGUAAUUUGUUGUAAUUUUACAUUGGUCCUCAUUUAUUGUAAGACUGAAUUACCCCAAGUUUGUUCAGCUUCGAAAAUAGGUUCAGAAUCUUUUCCAAUUGGAUUGGUAUUUUGUUUAUGGGGAUUUCUCCCUUUUUAUAUCUAACUCAAUGGUCCUUGUAAGCCAUUAGAAAAGUAAAUGGAUCAAAUCAACAACUGAUAAAU